AUGGCUCCGAAUAUUCAAACAUUUAUAAAUAGUUUUCAAAAUCGGCUGGAACCACCAGUUCGACAGCACCUUAAAAAUGUCUAUGGAACACUUAUGAUGACAUGUGCAUCUGCAUCAACUGGAGUGCUUGUAGAUAUGUACACAAGUUUUCAGGCUGGGUUUUUGUCAACUAUUAUUGGAGCUGGUUUGAUGUUAAUGUUGAUUGCUACGCCAGACAAUGGUAAAAAUACAAAAUUACGCCUGGGAUAUUUAUUAGGAUUUGGGUUAUCGUCAGGAAUGGGGUUGGGUCCACUACUGCAAUAUGUCAGUGUUCUGGAACCUUCAAUCAUUGUAACUGCUUUAUUAGGAACUACAUUGGUAUUUGUUUGCUUUUCUGUUGCGGCAAUGCUGGCUGAGCGGGGUAGUUGGUUAUUUUUGGGUGGAACAUUAAUGACAUUACUUACAUCAAUGUCUCUUAUGACUCUAGCUAACAUUUUCAUGCAAUCUCACUUCUUAUAUCAAGCUCACUUGUAUCUUGGUUUAAUGUUGAUGUGUGGUUUUGUAUUAUUUGAUACACAACUAAUUAUUGAAAAGCGUCGUAUGGGUAACAAGGACUUUGUACAGCAUGCUCUUGAGUUGUUCAUUGACUUUAUUGGAUUAUUCAGGAGACUACUCAUUAUCUUAACACAAAAGGAAGAACAAAAUAGACGCCGUAAACGUGAU